GCAGCGAGGCUGAACAAACGUUUGCAGGCUCACAGUGCCAUCACUAUCUCCGGCUGGCAGAAGAGUAAGGACCAAAAAGAGGACAGAAGCAGGCUAGCAGAGAAGAGCACGGUUCCUGGCAUCAUGUUGGCUGAAGGUUUUCUCAGAUUACUGUGUUACAGAGAGAAGAGAAAGUUUUACACCGCUUCCAGUCAAAAGAAAUGGCCGACGGAUAGUCAAUGUUCCCAGCAGUUCAACCCUGGCUCGAGCUCAUCGGACCUGCAGGUCAAGUCAUCUGAAGCAGUGCCAAACCAGGUAGUGCCAGACCCCAACCAACCCCAGGAACUACAGGUGACGCCUCAGGCUCCAGGCCUCCUCAUCCCCAGGUGCUUACCCGUAACCAUCAUGCAACCGGUGUGUAUUGAAGACUGCAGCCUCCUGCAACAGUACCCAGACCUGCAGGUGGCUGAUCCGGGCCGCAUCCCACACAACCCCCCGAGAGCCUCUGUGAGCCAGCACGACUUACACGGGCCACACACGCUCCCAGGGGAGUCCUUUCAACCACAAGUCCAGCAAGAGCCACAGAGAGAGCAGGUUCUUUCCGUUCCAGACCAGGGCUAUCUGGUCAUGGGGGCCAGCGUGAACAUCAGCCUGGAUCUGCCCGGAUCGGGGCUGGAGCCCAUGUCCAAUUCUGUGCUGAAUGGGCUACUGGAAAAGCAGCUGGAGGAGGUUUACAUGCAGCACCUGACUGACAACUUAGCUCGAUGCAACUCUCACCUGGGGAACAGCCUCCUGCACGGCCUGGUGCCGCCGCCGCAGCCCGGCCAGUCACAAGGACCCUACUCACUCGAGGUCAGUCAGGGAGAAGGUUCAAGACGAGACAGCAGCAGUGAAAUUAGUUAUAUGCACACCCAGAACUUAAUUCCCUGCUCGUCCACCUUCAGCUCCCCAGUGCUGAGGAUUUCAGAGCCAGACAAUCCUCAUCUGCAAGGAAACAUCCCGCCAAAGUAUUAAAUUUUCUCAACAAGAGUUUACGUCUAUGUGCUUGACAGUGAUGUAAAAACAAGUGUAAUUUACUGUAUCUGUGCUAUUUUUAUGCAGCGCCUUGUUUACUUGCUUAAUGAAUUGAUGCCACAAACAUAGCUGUUUCCAUACGCCAUCUGCUGUUCAGUUCUGGUACUACACCAGCAUGAAUUCAAACGUAUUAUACUUUUUUGUAGGU